CGAAAGCCCGAAACAGAACAAAAGCAGAGCCUCCUCCAACUAGAACACAUCAAGCCAAGCAAAGGCGCACCCAUAUAUGAAAACAAAAAGAAAAUGAUUGUUACCUUUCUCCUACUCCUGCUCUCCUCCCUUGUCCCGGGGCCGGCGCUCGCGCUGCCGCCGCGCCCGCCGGUGCGCUGCGGCGAUGGCGGCGCGGGCUGCGUGCUCUCGAACGCCUACGGCGCGUGGUCCAGCGACCGCGCCGACUGCCCCGUGUCCGCCGUCGCGUACCCAGCGUCCGAGCAGGACGUGGUCGCGGCCGUUGCGCGCGCCAGCGCCAACAGCGCCCGCGUCAAGGUCGUCAGCGGCUUCGCGCACACCAUCCCGAAGCUGGCCUGCCCCGGCGGCGGCGGCGGCGGGAACGGCACCCUGCUCAUCAGCACGGCGAGGCUGGCCGGCGUCGAAGUGGAUGCGGCGGGGCGGACGGUUACCGCGGACGCCGGCGCGCCGCUGCGGGCCGUCAUCGACGCGGCGGAGGCGCGCGAGCUGAGCCUGACGGCGGCGCCAUACUGGGAUGGCGUGAGCAUCGCGGGGCUGGUGAGCACGGGGUCCCACGGCAGCUCGUGGUGGGGCCGCGGCGGUGCCGUGCACGAUUACGUGGUGGGGCUCAGGCUCGUCGUGCCCGCCGGGGAGGCUGACGGCUGGGCCAGGGUCCUGGAGCUGCAGAAAGGCGACGAUCUCUUCCCCGCUGCUCUCGUCUCCCUUGGCCUGCUUGGGGUCGUCUCUAAGAUCACGCUGUCACUGGAGCCGAGGUUCAAGAGGAGCAUCACCUACGACUACAGGGACGACUCCACCUUCCAGGACGACUUCGCCGCCCACGCGGCGCGCCACGAGUUCGCCGACAUCGCCUGGUACCCGUCCCAGCACACGGCUGUGUACCGUGUCGACGACCGCGCUCCACUCAACGCGUCCGGCGACGGCGGCAACGACUUCAUCGGCUUCCAGUCCACGUCCAUCGUGGUCUCCGCCGGGAUCAGAGCCCUGGAGACAUCACUGGAGCGGUCCAAGAAUGUCAGGGGCAAGUGCACGAUGGCGGCGGCGGAGAUCGCGGCGAAGCGGCUGGUCGGCAACGGGCUGAAGAACAACGCCUUGCUUUUCUCGGGCUACCCCGUCGUGGGUUUCCAGGGAAAGAUGCAGACGUCGGGUUCUUGCUCGCGCUCGCCGGCGGCCGAUCUGCUCAGCGCGUGCGCGUGGGACCCCAGGUUCCACGGCCUGUUCUUCUACGAGAGCACAGCGUUCUUCUCGCCGGCAAGGUUCCGGGACUUCAUUCUCGACGUCAAGCGCCUGCGCGACCUGGCCGGGCCGGAUAAGCUCUGCGGCGUGGACGUCUACAACGGUAUCCUGGUCCGGUUCGUGAGGGCUUCGGCGGCAUACCUCGGCCAGCACGAGGACUCCGUGGUGGUGGACUUCAACUACUACCGCGCGUCCAACCCGGCGACGCCGCGGCUGAGCCAGGACGUGUGGGAGGAGGUGGAGCAGCUGGCGUUCGUCAAGCACGGCGCGAGGCCGCACUGGGCCAAGAACCGGAUGGUGGCGUUCGCCGGUGUGCAGGGGAAGUACCCGCGGUGGGGUGCGUUCGCCAGGGCGAAGCGGCAGCUGGACCCGCGGGGGCUGUUCGACAGCCUGUGGUCUGACGAGGUCGUCGGCGGGGUGGAGCUGAGCAAGGGCGACGGGUGCGCACUCGACGGCCGGUGCGUGUGCUCGGAGGACAGGCAUUGCAGCCCCAGCCAGGGGUACUACUGCAGGCCGGGGCUUGUGUUUACAGAGGCCAGGGUCUGCAGGGACUUGGUGUCGCAAGAUCUCUGAAACUUUGCCAACGCUGAAGCUGUGGGCCGUGCGGAUAAUAGAUCUCUGUAUUCAAGUGCUACGAGGUAUACAUCAUGUUGGAAUUUAUGGGGUUUUCCGGUUGAAAUUAGAGUUUGAAAUGAAAUCA